GAGAGUAGGUCUGUUAGGCAAAUCUUUAACCAUCCUCUGUUUGUCUACUUUGAACUGUUCAGGGAUUUUGGCACUGGGGAAAUGUUUAUAUUUGCUCAGCUGUUGUUUUAAAGCAUUGUUUUCAUCACUCUUGAAACUUUAGUGAAAGUAUUUGGUCAGUACUGCUUGUAGGUGACACAAAAUGAAAUGUGAAUUGCGGGGAGGAGGAGGGAAACAGCAUUUGCCAUAAUGUACAAAGUUCUAACAGCCCAUUUUGGAUGAGAAGAGAGGAAGGUCCUUGCAAUCAAUCUUUUUUAUGGCUGAUAAUCUUGAGAGGGAGGAAAGGCAACCUCUUGGAGAGGCCUUUGAUCCCUCUGACUAAUAAAAAUUUAAGACAUACAUGAAAGCCAGGCAAGCCUUUUCAGGGGUAGCAUUCUGCAGAUAGGAUAGCAGUGUUUAAAACCAUCUUCUCACAGAUAGAUGAUAUACGGCUUCUGAAAAUCAAAGAUAAUCCAGUUGCCUGGAUUCAGCAGCUAUGAUGAAUCAGGUUGGAUUCAAAAUUACUAACAAAUAUAAUGGUGACCGUUAUGGUGAUACAGAAGACAUCUGCAUCCUUCUCUACUCUUUCCUGGAAAGCUCCUCUGACAUUGCUUUUGCUUCCAAGCUUUCUACUUUGAAAAACCAGUUGUUGGUACAAACGCCGUUUCGUACUGCGUUUGAUGAAGGAGAGCUUCAGACAGAUGGCAAUAGUUUUGGGAGAGUAGAGGAGAGAGCAUUAGUGGCCGACGAGGAGGUUUUCCGGCGUAUAGGAGCACAGUUGGCUGUAAUUGGGGAUAGACUGGCUGCCGAGAUUGAGCCCUCAUUUGUGAACAAUCUGGCACAACAAUUCAUGGUGCAGAAUGUGCCCAGUCAGGAGAUCACCCAGCAUCUGUCUCAAGCAGUGGAGGCAGUCAUGAGAACGAUGCCUCGGGACAUGGAACAGGAAAAAGCCAUGCUAGUGGCAGCAAUGGUCUUGGCCAAGAAAGUAGCCAAUAUAGUCCCUGCCUUCCUGCAGCAGGUGUUCAACACAACAGUGAACUAUAUCAACCACAACCUCCACGAUUAUGUGAACAAUUUGGCACCUGAGAACUGAACAAAAGGGACAUGACACAACUGCAUGCAAGAAAUCGUUUUCUGGUUUUUUUUAAAAAAAAAAAAGUUUUUUUUUUAAAAGUACCAUUUUGGUAUUUUUAAGCAGUUUUUAUAUUUUUUUUAAUCAAUAGCAACAUACUUCAUUAUUUUAUUUAGUUGACUGAGGUAUAAAUUGGCAGUACUCAUUUUCUACUUGAAAUCUUAGGCCAUUUUCUAUGUCCAUCUUAGGAUGAAAGCAAAGCAAUUGUUAUUCUCAAGAUUGUGGUGUUGAUGGCAUCCCCCCUCAAAAAGAGGAGAAGAAGCUAAUGACAACAGACACUCUGUUCUGCCACUUGCUGUCUAAGUCAGAAUAUUUAAUGGGAUAGACUUGAUUUAUAACUCUGAACUUCUCUGAAGAAAUGAAGGCCAUGCAUGCUAUACUGCUCUGUUUUCUGCCAUUUUUAAGAUGCCAUAUAUAAAGUCUUAAAAAAUUAAAAUGUGAGUAUUGAUUUUUUAUAUUUAAUAGAUGGUAGGCAUUAAUGCAGGA